GGCUCUCGACAAGUUAUACAACAUUCUGUUUGACAAACUCACGGCACCUGAACUCUGCCCACAUAAACUUUAUCACACAAAUACUCACUGCAGGUCAAAACUGAGGGGGAAAGCAAUAAUAAAACCAAUGACAAAACAUGAGUUUACGGUGUUCAUCUCACCUCUGGUCUAUAUGCAAAUACACAACGACUGUCAAAAUGAAAAGAGACUUGAAACACUUUUAAAUAACCACAUGAUGGUACAGUAUCUCUCCUGUACUCAGAAUAUUUUGGAUUCAUUUGCCUAUCUGGUUAGUCUGGAAUUAUUUAGCCAACCGCACUGGCAAGCAACCGUCUGUCUCUCUGCAUUAGGGUUUCACAUUAGGAGCAUUGCUCAGUUCUGUCUCUCUUUAUCUGUGGCCAAACACACACACACACACAUACAUUAGAAAGUCCCACCCACAUACACGCAUGAGGAAAAGAAAUGAAAACGAAACUGUUUGCUGAGUCCCUUUAACACCGAGCUCCUCACGCAAAUGGCAGAGAAGGACCCAAUUGUGUGCUCAAUUUGCCUCCAGGACCUGCAGGAAAACAGCUGCCCUCAGUGUAAACACAACUCCUCAUGCAGGACAGAUCCGGAUGAAUCCUUAGCUUCGGUUGCAGAGCGACUAGAGAGGACAGGACUUCAGACGGACACAGCUGAGAAUGGCCAAGCUGAAGAUGUGGAGUGCGACUCCUGCACUGGUAUCAAGGAAAAAGCCGUCAAGACUUGUCUGGUGUGUUUGGCGUCUUACUGUGAAACUCACCUCAAGAUGCACAACGACCUGAGUGCAGGGAAAGCACACUUACUGGUGGAGGUCACCAGACAACUCCAGGGAAAGAUGUGCACCGAGCAUCAUAAGCUCCUUGAGGUUUACUGCCGCACUGACCGUCAGUGUGUCUGCUACCUUUGCAUGCUGGACAUGAACCACAAAGGACAUGACAUGGUCUUGGUCGCUACAGAACGAGCAGAGGAACAGAGGCAGCUGGAAAAGUCCAAGCAGAUGGUUACGGAUCGAGAGACUGAGCUGAAGGAAAUCCAAAAGGCUGCAGGUAUCCUCAGGAAUCUGACUCAAGCCACAGAGGAAGAAGGUGACCGGCUCUUUACCGAACUGCUUAGCUUUAUACAGAGAAGCCACACGGAGAUGAUUGCGCUGGUCCAAACUCAGAUGACCACAGAGUUGGACCGAAUUCAGGGACAUUCGGAAGGUCUGGAACAGGAGAUCUCUGAGCUGAGGAGGAAACAGUCUGAGCUGGAGCAGCUUUCACAUACUGAUGAUCACAUCCAUUUCCUCCAGGAGGUCCAAUCUCGCUGGCCCACUUCUCAGUCUACUGACUUUCCCAGCUUAACCACUAAUCCACAGUUCUCUUUUGGUGAAGUGAUCAAGUCCAUCUCCUCAUUAACAGCACAAAUAGAGGACAUUUGGAGACUGGAAAUGAACAAUAUAUUCUCAGCAGUGACUGCAGAGAAGAUCCUACUUCCGCUAGAACCCAAAACGAGGGAGGACUUUCUACAGUUUCUGGUUUCCUUGAGUCUGGACCCAAACACGGCCCAUAGAAACCUUCGGCUAACGGAGCAGAACCGGGCUGUGGAUUGCAGCAUUGAGCCCCAGUCCUACCCAGAACAUCAGGACAGAUUUGAGUGGUGGGCCCAGGUGCUGAGCAAGGAAGGUCUGACAGGCCGCUGCUACUGGGAAGUAGUCUGGACCGGGCAGUAUGGCGCUGACAUUGCAGUGUCCUACAAAGAUAUCAGCAGAACUGGGCAAGACGAUGACAGUGGGUUUGGAUACAACAGACAAUCCUGGAGUUUGGACUGUUCCAUAUACAGAUAUGCACUAGUGCAUGAUAACGAGGAGGUGGAGAUCAAUGUCCCCCUGUCCCACCGGAUUGGGGUGUAUCUGGACCACCGGGCAGGACUGCUGUCCUUCUACAGCGUCUCAGACACCAUGAUCCUCCUACACAGAGUCCAGACCAGGUUCAUCCGACCCCUUUAUCCAGGAUUUGGGCUCUUUCAGGGCUCAAGUGCAAAAUUUUGUGAACCAAAAGGUGGCGGCUCACCCCAAGUAGUUGACAGACCCAAGAACAACAAAACAAGUAUGAAUCAAAGACCGAGAAAAACAGCGAGGAGAAACAAAUAUCCCAGAUGUGGAAAGCAAGAAGCCAGCAGUCCUGAAUAGAAAAUUACAUUAAUUAAAGAGAUUUUUCUGUCCUGAAUUAAAAAUAAAUCAAGGGGGAAAUAGCAUUACCAACAGUGCUGCAAAAACGACACUCAGUACUAAAGCUUCUGUUUAGGUCCGAUUUUUUUGUUAGCUUGACACUUUAGAGAAUCUGUUUUUAAGGUACUACACUUGCGCUCAGCAUUUAAAUUUGUUUUACAUUUUAUUUACGGCAAGUGCUUUAGAUUCAUAUACAAGACUGCUCUUGAUGUGCAUAUUUAUGAUUUAUUAUGAUUUAUGAUGUCUUUUGAUGUUAAAUGAAGGUAGGAACUAACUUUUCAUAGAUGUAUGGGACAAGUUUCCAUUAAAGGGAUAAUUCACCAAAGGAUGAAAA